UAGUAUUGACGAAUGGAGUUUGUUUUGUAAAGUUCUCAGCAUCUUCGGUUAGAAAAAGGAGCUAGAAGAGCAGUGCAGACUGGCAUAAUUAUUCAUUUUUCUAAUCUACAGCAUAACCCAAGGAGUCCCUGUAGUAGUGAGCUAAUGGUGUAUCUUCUAAGUGAAAAUAGCAUGUUCUUGAAUGUGAUUAGAGAUAUGUUUCAAAAUGUAUGCUAAUAUCUCAGCAAUUCUAGACUUUUAUGAACAAGGCAGGAUCUCAAAAUGUGUUAAAUACUCCAUUAAUUUUAGUAUGUUAAUUAAGAGUUCAACUGAGCAAGCAUUGAGAAAUGCAUCAUACAGAACAUUUGCAGAAUGGUUUAAUGUUAUCCGGUGAAUUUGAUCUCCCAAAAUGCCUACCUGGAUGGCAGUCUGGGAACUUUGACUUUGAAAUUAGUGCAUGUAAUCCAUUCAGAAUUAUUUCACCAUUUCCUUUUACACUCCUACUGAUACGUUCUGUUGUGCGGGAGUUUGUCACAGAGUUGGCUUUACUUAUCCAUACUACAGCCAAAUCCAAGGUCCUUAACUAUGACAACAUCCAUGGCUUAUCAUUUAACUGGUAGAGAGAUGCCAGAGGCCAUAUUCCCCCAUACCCUACUGUUUGACCCCAUGCCCUUCAUAAAUGUCAUCCUGUUUGGACAGCUGGAUGAGCCAAAUAGCAGAGAACAAGAAAGGAAGUAAGUGAGAAAGCAGAGCAAUAGCAAAUAAAGGAGUAAAAAGGACACAGUGGUAGGAACUUGGUUUUGGUGCAUUGUUAAGAGGUUACAAGUUAGUAUGGCUUGAGUGGGCACUAUCAAACAGCUUUUACUUGGUGUCUUGAUGCCUGAUACUUAAAUAGCAUGAUCAACAGCUAUUAAUAAAGUAACCAACGAUACAGAGCACAGCACAAAAUGCAUUAGGGCCCUUGGCCUGUGUCAAGUAGAAUUUGUCAAAUGCAAUUUUCAAAACUUGGACCUGAAAUAAACCAUUCUGGGGACAAGAUGUGGCCACAUGUUGUUCUUUCACACAUUUGAGAGGAGAAAGUGGUGUUUCAAUAUUUACACAGUGUCACAGUGACAUCCUAUAAACCAUUGGCCCAUUGGUUAUGCUAACGACAUGCCACAGUCUUAACGCAAAGGUACUCAUCCUCUAUUGACGUGGUCUUUUCACUCUCCAGACCACAGACAUAGGGCCCAGUGUUGUGUAAGACGCCUCAAUGUUUGUGCUAUUUACUGUUAAAUGAAAAGAAUGUGGGAUGCUCUGGCAACAGAUGUGUGCCAUCACAACUAGCAAAUGAAAUUGUAACCCUUCGGGUCAGAUCAUGAUGCUGACCAAGCCUGUAGAGACACAUUAUUACAGGAAUGAACUGUUAGUCAGUUUCCAGGACAUAGGAACAACUGAAGGCUGUACAGUAUGACACAAUUAUGUGUAUGUCCAUAUUGACAGUAGUAACAAUAGUAGGAUUUAUGUGUUAACCUUGUGUUAUUAACCUGUUAUUAAUAUUUCUUUAUUUUCUGCUGAAGCACUUAUUGGAUCUAUUUCUUUAUUAAAAUGCUCCAAAAGUUUGCUGGCAUAGUAAGUGACUAGUCUAAAACAGGAUACACAGCCAUCCUGACCUUGGAGAUUCCCAGAAAUUCAAAUGUUAGUACUCCCCUGAGUAUCAUCAAGACAACAGCACAGACUUAUAUUGUAUGUGCCCCAUAUUUUCGGCAUGUAUUUGCCCUAGUGAGCAUAUAUUAACAGACGGUUUAAUGUUUGCAACUCUUAUUGUCUUUUAGGCUUCAAUGUGACUGGCAUUGUUCAGACAUUGUGCAAAGGAGAGUCUCGGUCUCACAAAGCUUCUCUGGGGUGGUCCGGGAAGAGGAUAGCAGGGGAGUGGGAGGGGCUGAGGGACAGGGAGAUCUACUAUAUCUGGAGCAGGGGGAUUCACAGAGCACUAGUGAGACACACCUCCAAGCCUGGACAAAAAGGACCUGAGACAAGAGAAGAGUGGUUUCAGUGGAAUAUGGGAACAGGCUAUCGUCACUAAAGUCCGUUUUCAACAAGUUCAGAAGAAGAAGAUCCUGAUCUUCAGGUGUUGAGAUGCUGUGUACAAGACUCAACACAGAAGUUGUCAUAAAAGCAGAGACAUUGACCUGGAAACAUUGAAAACAAGAGAAAUAAUAUAAUUUUCUUAACCCUGCAACAAGAGACAGUGGCUGGUCAUAGACUCUCACAUUUAUCCACUCUGCCCAUCCCAUUUAUGUCGGACUCUGAGCUGCUGCCCUCAGCAUCCCCCUCUCCGCCCCCGUUUCACCAGUGCGACUACAGAGAAUGGAGACCCACAUGGGUAAUCAUACCCUCAGUCUAUCUCCUGGUAUUUGUUUUGGGCUCCCUGGGAAAUGGGCUUGUCCUCUGGUCAUACCUGGAUCGACCUGAGGGUAAACCAGCCGGCGUGGGGACCUGCACCCAUCGGCGUCUUCAGCAAUCUGGAAGGAUUUCUACCCCCAAGUUGCCUGACUCCUCUCGUUCCCUUACUGACUCACUCAUUGCCAGCCUGGCAGCAGCAGACCUGGCUUUUGUGGUAACCCUGCCCUUAUGGGCAGCCCACACAGCGCUAGACUACCACUGGCCCUUUGGCAAGCCUCUUUGCCAAGUCAGCAGCUAUUUAGUGGCCCUCAACAUGUAUGCCAGUGUGUUCUCCCUCACGGUCCUGAGCAUGGAGCGUUACUGGGUUAUUGCUGGCCGACGGCGGUCCAGUAGGGCCCAGGGGAGUGGAGCCUGCCGAGCUGCUUGGGUAGUGGGGAGCGUUUGGGUGGUGGCAGGUAUCCUUGCUCUUCCUGCGCUGCUACUGAGGACUGUAAGGGAGGUGGAUGUAGGGGGUCAGUAUGAAGAAGACUGGCAGACAGCUGAGGAAGAGGAACACUCGGAUCAUGAUCACAUGCCCAUGUUCAUAUCUUCCUGUAUGAUGGACUACUCUGGUCUGAUCUCAGCAGAGCUGGAGGAAGAUGACAGGGAGCAGGCAGAGCUACUGUGGACAGCAGCUCUAGGACUUAAAUCCACCUUGGUUGGCUUUCUGUUGCCUCUGAUCAUCUUAUUGAUAUGCUACUGCUCCCUAGGCCGCCUCCUCAGCCGCCAUUUUGGACAGGGUCCUCGCCCCGACCGCCAACGCCAACGCCGCCUUUUGCGAGUUAUCAUCACCUUAGUGCUAGCCUUCUUCCUCUGCUGGCUUCCCUUUCAUGCCAACAAAACACUUUCCAUGCUCGUGGAUUUAGAGCUGCUGCCCUACUCCUGCCCAUUUGACCGGACUCUGGUUGCAGCUCACCCCUAUGCUACCUGUCUAGGGUAUGUCAAUAGUUGCCUCAACCCCCUUCUAUAUGCUUGUUGUGAUGUGGCCUUUCGGAAGCGCUGCCGGGGCUUACUGCAGUGGUUGUGGUGCAGGGGUAGGUGUGGGAGUCCAAUGACAGUAGAUGAUGACAAUAGGGAACAGGCCAGCCGGAGUUCUGCAAUUCCUUCUGGAACACGCAAGGAAACAGGAGAUGGAAUUGAGGGGAAGGAUGACGUGAGACAUGGCAGAGACUGAGAGGAGGGUAGGAGUGCUGUGGAACCUCAGUCGGAAGAGGAUACCAAUAAACAGAGACGGAUAUCCUGGGAAAUGUGCAACCCUUACUGUACUCAUAUAACCCCUCAGGAGAUACAUAAACUCAAUAAAUUCCACUGGGAAUGUGUUUGAUUGAAAAACUGUCAUUUCUUCCAAGGAGAUAGAAAGGAGACAUUCUAGAAAGACACUGGCAAUAAUUGUUUUUUUAUAUGUGCUACCAAACCAAAAUAUGGGUUUUCUGUAAAUAUUUUUUGAU